UGAGUGGUCCUUGGAGUGUGAGUUGUGGACGUGUGGAAGGCUUUAUGAUUGCCCGGGUCACACUGAGCGCUGUUCGGAGGUGGCUUGAGGACGGAGGGAUGCUCCAGGCUCAAUAGGACCAUGCUGCUCCAACACCUCUGGGCUUGAAUCAGAACCGGGAGUCAUCCUUUUGCAGAAAUGGGGAAUGGAAUCAACAAGAUCCUUCCAGACCUCUAUCUUGGCAACAUGAGAGAUGCUCGUGACCCGGAGCUGCUGGCGCAGCACAACAUCACCCACAUCCUGUCCGUCCAUGACACAGCUGCACCCGUCCUGGAGGGCGUGACGUAUCUCUGCAUCUCUGCUUCUGACCACUCCAAGCAGAACUUGACUCAGUACUUCCGAGACAGCAUCGUGUUUAUCCAUGAGUCUCGUCUGAAAGGCGAAGGCUGCCUCGUUCACUGCGUGGCAGGCGUAUCCCGCAGUGUCACUCUGGUGGUGGCCUACAUCAUGACGGUGACUGACUGCGGCUGGGUGGAGGCCCUUGCCGCCGUGAGGUCGGCCAGGCCGUGUGCGGGGCCAAACUUGGGCUUUCUGCGGCAGCUGGAGGAAUUUGAAAACACACAGCUGGCCGAGUAUCGGGCCUGGUGGAAGGAGAAGUACGGCCAGAAGUCUUUCAAGGAUGAUGAAGAAAUUCAGAGGCUGUUAGCUCAGAAAUCCUCGGAUGGCAGAGUCAGUGUGGUGUCCGGCAGCAUGGCUGACCACCUGAAGGCUCCUCUUCCUUCCUCUCUAGACUUUUGACCCGGGUUGGAAGCACCUGCCUGCUUCUGUUCGGACCUAGCCUCCACUGAUCCCGAGCAGGAUCUGGUUACAAAAAACUAGCAAAAGGAUAUGAAAGAUUGAAUCUGGAGUUUGCAGAGGGUCUGAGCUGCCAUGUGAUGGGGUGCGGUGGGGGGAUUUUGUAUCGGCGUCACCACUUCUCUUCGCUGUGUCCUUCGCACCAACUGUCAAAACAACACGCAAGGGCAGCCAAGCGUGACACCAAUAUGUACAUGCAGUCCUCUGGGUAAACGCACAUUUAGCAGCGCACUCCUCCCCGUCAGUUACGUUAUGCUGUGUCUGGACUUAAAAAUAUAACUUUUGUUUUCUGUAGAUAACUCAUGUUUCUCUGUAAAACCGUUUGAAAACCGUUUUUACAUGCUGGGAUGCCAGUGCAGUGUUAGACAGUGUGUGUUUUUGUUAAAUUAACAUCCCGUGUGUUGUGAUGAGCACAAAUCUGUUUGAGGAAACACUGCAGAAUGUUGAAAGAAGAGCUUUUAAUGUUGCCGAUUAACCAGAAAAGCCAUUAAUGCCUAAAACAAUUUACCUACUAAGAUAUUUUUUUAUCAGUUCCUUACAGCUUCUGUAGACAAAGAUGUAGAAAAAAUAUAUUAAAGUUUGUUAUUUGUGUGAUGGAAGAAGUAUUACACAGUUAAAUAGAAGUGAGAACAGACAGAAAAGGGUUAAACUGAGCAAAAGAAAAAGCCUUCAUGGUUUAUUUUUCAUAUUUUAUUAAUUAUAUAACACAGUUGUGGGCUUUUGGGCAAAUAUUGAUCACAGAUUGUGAAACUGACAGGAAAUUUAAGUAUUUUAUUUUGAUAAUUAUUGCAUAUUCAUGUAAAAUAAAAGAAUGAGGAAUAACUCUCAACCCUUUGAUGCCUGGAUUUGUUUCCAACUAUUAAAAGAAAAAAAAAAUCACUUAUAUUUCUUCUCACAUGUAGAUGCUAAAUUAAAGUCAUUGUUGGAGCAGAAGUAUAGUUUGAUGAAUAUUUGCAUCAAUAGGUGUCAAGGGGUUAAUAAAAAGAAAAACAACAAAAAACCAUGAUUGAUGCUUGUAUGUGUUUGAGAGGCCUCCAAUCAAUAACUAAAGUCAUAUUUUGAAUAUGUAUACAGAUAUACAAAAAAAAAGAUUUAGUCUAAGUGUAAAAGUAAAUGAGAAUAACUGUUUUUUUUAAAUGAAGACUACAUUUUAGAAACUGCAGCAACAGGGGUGUCAGCAAUCAUUUUUGAUCUUUUUAAUAUUUUUGAGGGAGUUAAAAAUCUUUCAAAACAUCAUAUUUUUCUUUUUUCCCCCCUCUAGACAUUAAAAGGUAAUUACAGUUCCCUUCUCUGUCUUUUUUUUUUAAUAUUAUUAAUCAAACUCAAUAAAUCUGCUUUUGUUCCUUCUACUUUUUAUUUUUUUUUAAACUUGGAUAAUUUCCUCAAAAUAGUUGCUUUAAUUGUUUGCUUUGGUGGUUUUCAAAGGUACUGUAUUCUAUUUAUGUAUGUUGAAAUAAAACACAGACAAACACAUGUACUACAUUUUAUGACAAAUUCACGAAAGUGUUUCUAAUUUUAGGAAAAUAUUCCCAACAGAAUAUUAUAUGGAUAUUUCUAAUGACUGUUGUUACAAUAAAUAAAUGCAAUUAGUGACUUCUUGUUUAAA